ACCCCUCUUGCACUCUGUGCCCCACUUGCCUGUUGCCCAUGUGAGGUUUUUAUUAAGGUGGAUGCAGGAGUUGGUCUUGCUCUCUUCUGGGUGACGCGGAUUGGAAGGGGUUCUCCAUAUUUUACCAAACUAUUUAGUUUUUGUUUUUUCCUCCCCCUUUGUUUACUUCCUGAAUCUGUAAAUACAUCUACAUUUUCUUAAAGAGGAGCCAUGAAGUGGACCUGGGUACUUGUGGUGGUCUUGCUGUCCUUUGGGGGGCUAUCACUGGGCAAGGAAAGCUUGGACUUCCCAGAGUAUGAUGGAAAGGACCGUGUCCAUGACCUCAACGGCAAGAACUAUAAGUCUGUGAUGAAGAAGUACGAUGUUAUGGUGGUGUACUACCAUGACCAUCCCGGAUCCAGCCGCGUCGCCCAGAAACAGUUUGAGAUUGAGGAGAUGGCCCUUGAGCUUGCAGCCCAGGUCCUGGAUGAGUUUGAGGAUGAGGAUAUUGGAGUUGGUCUCAUUGAUGCAAAGCACGACAAAGCCGUUGCAAAGAAAUUAGGCCUUGAUGAGUCUGACAGCAUCUUCAUCUUCACAGACGAUGAAGUCAUAGAAUAUGAUGGCGAGCUCGCAGCAGACACUCUUGUGGAUUUCAUCUAUGAUGUUAUUGAGGACCCAGUGGAAAUUAUUGACAAUAAUAGGGAACUGAAAGGCUUCGAAAACAUUGAAGAGGACAUCAAAUUGGUGGGCUACUUUAAGAGUCACAAGUCAGAACAUUUUGAGGCUUUUGCCGAUGCUGCUGAAGAGUUCCACCCUCACAUCAAGUUCUUUGCUACAUUCAGUGCCAAGGUUGCCAAGGCUCUGGACAUGAAGCUCAAUGAGGUGGACUUCUAUGAACCCUUCAUGGACGAUCCAGUUGUCAUCCCUGGAAAACCUUACUCAGAGGAUGAGCUGGUGAAAUUCAUUGAAGCUAAUGACAGACCAACCCUGAGGAAGCUGCAACCACACAACAUGUAUGAGAUCUGGGAUGAUGAUGUUGGUGGUGAACAUAUCAUUGCUUUUGCAGAGGAGGCUGACCCAGACGGUUUUGAGUUCCUUGAGAUCCUGAAACAAGUUGCAGAGGAUAACACUGACAACCCUGACCUCAGCAUUGUCUGGAUUGACCCUGACGACUUCCCCCUGCUUCUGCCACACUGGGAGAAGACCUUCGAUAUCGACCUGUCCCACCCACAGAUUGGUGUUGUCGAUGCUGAUGACGCUGACAGUGUGUGGAUGGACAUGGAUGAUGGCGAAGAUUUGCCAUCAGUAGACGAGCUGGAGGACUGGAUUGAGGAUGCUCUGUCAGGAGAAGUUGAUCCUGAUGAUGAUGAUGAUGAUGAUGAUGAUGAUGAUGAUGACGAUGACGAUGAUGAUGAUGACGACGAUGAUGAUGACGACGAUGAUGACGACGACGACAAUGAUGAUGAUGACGAUGAUGACGACGAUGAUGACGAUGACGAUGACGAUGAUGAUGACGAUGAUGAUGACGAUGACGAUGAUGAUGAUGACGACGAUGACGACGAUGAUGAUGAUGAUGACGACGAUGAUGACGAUGACGACGAUGAUGACGAUGAUGAUGACGACGACGACGAUGAUGACGACGAUGAUGACGACGAUGAUGACGACGAUGAUGAUGAUGAUGACGAUGACGAUGAUGAUGACGAUUAUUAAAUCUCUAAGUCAUAAUUUACUCUUUAAGUCUGACCAAUGCAGUUUCAAGAGUCAACAUCAUUAACUCUGUCACAUCAUCCUCUUUUGUAUCUAGUUCUUAUUUUGAACUUGUCAGCUCAUUUUGAUAUCACAUCUUUUCAUCAUCCUCUCUCUGCAUCUCACCAGAGCAAUAUUCCAUUACUCGUUUAUCCCUCUCCCCUACAGAUUCACUAAAGUACUUUUUAGGAUCCCACAGUGUCUUUAUUCCCACAUGUAACACUGUCUGGUACAAUAAAAAAAAAGAAAUUCUCUCCAAACCACCCCUCUCAAAAGUUUUUAUUUUCCAAAGUGCUGGAGGGGUUGUAGUGUUGUAUGCAUUUUGUCUGAGUCAAUCUGUGGAAUCUGUUGCAGUCUGAAUGUGUCUUAUUUGUUUACUUAUUUUUUUGUUUGCCCCAGUAUUGAAACAACUGAAGUCAGAUCCAAGGGUGCUAGCAGGCUUUUCUGACGGGUCUUGAGUAUCACCAGCCUACUAUGUUAAAUCAAUGUAACGCUGUACACUGAAAGUGCUGUACAUCAUAUGGAUGUUUUCUACGAUGAUGAAAUAUGACAACAGCCAUAUUCUAUUUUUGUAACAAGAGAAAUUUAACUGUAAAGUCUUAAAUAAAUGACAGCUUGGACAGAAA